AUGACUGAUGACUCAGAAAAAUACCCUCCAAAUAUACAACAAUUAUUUCAACCAAAACCACCAUUCAAGUAUGUACAACCAAUAGAUUACCCACCUGAAAAACGAUCAACAACUUCCAUUACCCCAAUAUCGAAUUUCAAAUCACAAAUAACAAGUUAUAUCACCAAGACUCUACCGAAAAAGGAAGCUAAAAUCAAAAAACAACCAUUGACUAAACAUCAACAAAAUUUACAAGAUGCAUUAAUCAAAAGACAAAAACAAAAAGAAUCAUUCGAACGUCAACUCAAAGAUUGGAAUGAUCCAGAAUUAUUUGCUAAACAUGAACAAGAAGUAAUGAAAGAUCCUUACAAAACUGUAUUUAUUGCAAGACUAGAUUAUGAUUUAAAUGAAAUUGACAUAUCACAAUAUUUUCAAAAAUUUGGAGUUAUUGAAUCUAUAAGUAUAAUAAAAGAUAGAGAAGGGAAAUCAAGAGGAUAUGGUUUUGUGGUAUAUGAGCGAGAUACUGAUGCUCAAACAUGUGUAUCAACAUUGAGUAGAAGAGGUGUAAAAUUAAAAGAAAGAACUAUAUUAGUCGAUAUCGAAAGAAGUAGAGUAUGGAGAAAUUGGAAACCUAGAAGAUUAGGUGGUGGUGAAGGUGGAAGGAAUUAUCAAAGAGAAGGUAAAGUUGCAUCAGUUGCAGCUGGUGGUAGAAGAUUACAUAUUGCAAAUAAUUCAAGUCAUCAAAAAGAUCUAUUUCAACAACAACAAACUCAACCUCAUCAUAUUCCUCGUGGACCUACUUCACAUAAUGUCCAUAAUAACGGGUAUUCUCAUCAUCACUCAAAUAAUGCCCCACAUAAUAAUUUAGAAGAAGGUAAGGUUUCCAUAAAAGACAAAUAUGCUAGGUAUUCAUCACCUUCUGAACAACAACCAUCAUAUGCACCUGCUUACCAGCCAGCAUCAAACUCAAGAUCUAUACGUAGUAUUAGGCAGCGUGACUAA